AUGUCCAACAACACUACGCCGCUGGACCCCGGCGCGGGCCCGUACCUACUGCAGAACGCGCGCAGCGGCACGAUGCUCGACAUGUCGUUGAUCAACCCUGGGACCAUCCACGGGUGGGACAGACACGGACGGGCGAACCAGCAGUGGGAUUUCAUCGCCAACGGCGGGCAGGGAUAUGCGAUUCGCUGCGUCUACCGCUCGCAGCCCGACGGGCUGCCGAUGUUCCUCACCGUCGCAGAAGGUGUGCUCAGUGGCACCGACAUCAUCGCCAGCCCGUACCCGGUCAACUGGAACGUGGAGCAAACGGCAGACAACUCUCUGAGGAUCUCGUGGCCGAACUCGCAGCUCGUCAUCACUCUCGGGAAUGGGGGAAGCGCUGCGAACGGCACAAAGAUCCAGCUCGCGCCCCUCGAGGCUGAUGAUCCCGCCCAGCUGUGGAACUACUCGGCCGUGCAGCCUGCGCAGAAGUAG